AUGCUUCUUUUUUACCUCUCCCUCCUCAUCCCACUUUGUUCCCUUCCCCACAUUGCAUUCUCAUCCCAUUGCACCACAGAAACCACCACAAAAACAUUCCAAAAAUGCAUGAACCUUCCAACACAACAAGCCUCCAUAGCAUGGACAUUCCACCCCCACAAUUCAACCUUAGAACUGGUCUUCUUUGGCAGCUUCAUAUCACCUUCUGGCUGGGUCGGGUGGGGCAUCAACCCCACAUCGCCGGAGAUGACCGGAACACGUGCCUUAAUAGCCUUUCCGGACCCAAACUCCGGCCAAAUAGUCCUUCUACCAUAUAUCCUUGACCCAACAGUGAAGCUUCAAAAAUCUCCACUACUCUCUCGCCCACUUGACAUCCACCUCCUCUCCUCCACCGCCGCCAUGUACGGUGGCAAAAUGGCCACCGUACACAACGGCGCUGCCAUACAAAUCUUUGCAACGCUCAAACUCAGAUCAAACAAAACGAAAAUCCACCUUGUAUGGAACAGGGGACUAUACGUUCAGGGUUACUCACCUACCAUUCAUCCAACUACUUCUAACGAUCUCUCUUCCAUUGCCACCUUUGACGUGUUGUCAGGAUCUUCAGGUCCUCAGCACACAGAUUUGACGAUGCUAAGAGUGAUCCAUGGCACCUUAAACGCCAUCUCUUGGGGUAUUCUCUUGCCAAUGGGUGCCAUCACCGCACGUUACCUUAGGCACAUUCAAGCACUUGGCCCUACGUGGUUUUAUGCUCAUGCAGGAGUACAACUGUUUGCUUUCAUUCUCGGAACUGCUGGUUUUGCCAUCGGAAUCCGGCUGGGGGAACUAUCGCCGGGAGUGGAGUACAGGCUCCACCGGAAGCUUGGAAUCGCAGUGUUUUGUCUUGGAGCUUUGCAGACGCUGGCAUUGCUCUUUAGGCCAAACGCAAGGAACAAGUUCAGAAAGUAUUGGAAAUCGUAUCACCACUUUGUUGGGUACUCUUGUGUGGUGCUUGGCUUUGUGAAUGUGUUUCAAGGCUUUGAAGUGAUGGGUGCCAGCAGGUCCUAUGCCAAGUUGACUUAUUGCUUACUACUUUCCACUCUCAUUGGCGUUUCCAUAGCUUUGGAAGUCAACUCUUGGGUUGUGUUCUGUCGGAAAUCUAAGGAAGAGAAGUUGAGAAGAGAUGGACUCAUUGGAAGUCCUGACAAAGGGAGUGGCAGUGGCAUUCACCAUUGA